AUGGCGGAAAUUAUUGACAGAAUAUCAAAGUUACCUGUUCACAUAAUUCAUGAUAUUUUAGGUAGGGCUUGUAAGUACGGGCUCAAAGAAGAAGCUCAAAUUUGCGUGUUGUCUAAGACAUGGAAUUCAAUUUGGAGAGGCCGACCUGAUGUGAUAAUCUUUCAAUCCAACUUUCACAACAAAUCCCUGGAGAAUUUUGUUCAAUUCGUUGACGAUUCCUUGCAGCCUCAUAUCGAGCAAAACUUAAGAAUCGAGACACUCCGCCUUAUGGAUCUUUAUUCUCCGGAAUUGGUUUCUCAUAUGGAUCGCUGGAUCGAAUUGGCAACUAAACAUAAUGUCAGAUUUCUAGAAAUUGGCAUAUCAUGGUCGGGUUCAUUGUACUACACCAUACCUGAUUCUAUAUAUUCAGCAGCUAAGACGUUGACUAAGUUAUCUCUAUAUAGGUGCAACUUUGAAAUCAAUCAUAAUAGCACCACCAACAAAUUGCAAAAAUUGAUUGCAACAUGUCCAUUAAUCAGGGAUCUCAAGUUAAGUCGUUGCAGGGGGUUGCAGAAUAAUUUGUAUGUAUCGGGUCUAGUAAAUCUAGAGAAUUUGGAGCUAAGGGCAUGUGAAAAACUUGACAAGGUCGAAAUCCGGGCUCCAAAACUUUGUAAAUUUUUACAUGUUGGCUCACCUUUGCACAAACACCGCAAGACACAUGAACCAGAAUCGUUGCCUUGCACAAUUGAUAUUUUAGAUGGUUAUAACAGUUUGAAAUACCUCCACUUGGAAGAUUCCACCAUGACCGACCAGGAAUUUGAAUAUCAAUUGUCUAAGCUCACAGCCCUUGAAGUCUUAAUACUCAAAGGAUGCUAUGUAAUGAAAAAUAUUAAUGUUGUGAGUGAAAAGCUUAAGAGAUUCUCUUUGUGGGAUUGGGGGAAUGUGGAGAAAGUCAACAUGAUGUUGGCUCCAAAUCUGAAAAUGUUCGAUUUUGAAGGUAUCAAAAUGCCCUUUUCAAUCUCAACUAUGGAUCCUUGUAAAUUGGAACGAGCCAACCUCCGAUUUUUUCUGAUGCCAGAGUUUAGAAAUUCUUACAUCUUUGGAAAUGUGGAAACAAGAUGGUGCAAUAAUAUUCAGGACUUUGUUCAAAAGUUCAACUAUUCUAAGGGUCUAAUAUUUGUAAUUAUUUGUGAAAAGAAUAACAGUAUUCUUAUCUAUGAAGAUCCAAGAGAAAUUCUUGUUCCACCAACUCGAGAGUUAAAGUUACACAUUGAGAUUCCUUCAAUGUGCCUUGAAUCAUUUGCAUAUAAUCUGAUCAGGAACUUUCACCCCAAGAUAGUAUCGAUUGUUCCCUGCACUGAAAGUAAAAUACUCCAGGUAUUUCGUGAGACAACAAAAGAAUCCAGAAUGAAGCAAUACAAGCAAUCCAAGAGACUAAAUGAAGUCAGUAUUCAUAAAGGAUUAAUGGAAAAAUCAAAUGUAGAUGUGCAAAAUAUAGGAGUUGAAGUUCUAUUAGAAGAAAGUGACAUGGAGGGAACUGGACAAACUGCUUCCGAUAUAGUGUGCGCCGUGGUCGUAUGA